GGUAAAUUAAAUUGAUUAUUUGAAACAAAAAUUUGAGAAAGAAAAGUAGAAAUAAAUGCUAAAAAUAAAGGUAUUGGAGUUUUUUAAGAAUUUAGACAUAUUCUCUGAAUCCAUUUAAUUUAAUGCAAGUAAAUAAUACUUAAAAAAAAGAACUAUUUUUGGUUCUAUUUUAACAAUCAUAAUUGUUAUUUUAACUGGCAUUUACUUCUUUUAUUAAUCAUACCUCUACUUUGAUGGAUAAAUGGAACCUAAUGUUAGAUAGCAAGGUAUAGUAUCUGAUGGGAUUGAUGUGUAAUUAAAUAGUGAUAUGUUUGCAUUUGGUUAUUAUUCACUCUUAUAAGGUAAAACUUUAAUAGAAUUAGAAGAAGAGUAAAAUAAAACAUAUAAAGUACUUUUGAGUUAUUAUAUAUCCUCAAAUAAUAAUAAAUUUCAAAUUAUACCUUUGAAUAUAGUAAAAUGUUAAAAUCCACAAUUAAAAGGCUUUUACUGCUUAGAUUUUAGUUAAAAUCCUGAUCUUAAGUUAACUAAUUUAGCAGACUUUAGUAAAUUAUUUUCAUACUUAACGCUAAUCACAUAUAAUUGCUAAGAUACUGAUUAAUACAAAACUACUGUUCCAGAUAAUUGUGCAGACUAAUAAUCAAUAGACUAAUUUGAUUUAAGUUAUGGCUUUUUUUAUAAGAUAUAAACUUCUUAUUUUAACACAUCUUCAUAGGUUGUUUAAGAUCAAUAUAAGCUGAUAUAAAGUCCGUUUAUGAAAAAUCAAUUUAUUUAUGAAGAAUUACAAAUUUAAAAAGCAAUUACUUAAGUUAAGAAAGGAUUUUUAAUUUAAUAAAAAGAAAUUUAUUCUUUUUUAAAUUCGUUUAAUCAUUAAACAUAUACUUAUUCUCGUUCAGAAUUAAUUAAAAAUAGCAGUAAUAAAAUGUUAUCUCAAAUGACAUUUAGAUUAGAUGAGAGCAUUAUUUACUAUAAUAUUUAAUACCCAAUAUUUACUCAAGUUUUAGCUCUUUGUAAUAGUGUUUUAGCUUUGCUUCUACUUUUAGGGUAUUUUUGUAGAAAAAUGGCACAAAGUUUUAUUCGAAGAGAUAUUUUUUUUAUAUUAUUACAAAACUUUUUUUUAGGUACAUAUUUAAAAGUCAUAAAUUGUAACAAUAUUGUUAAUUUUAAUGAACCAAUUUAAGAAUAAUAAAUGAAUUAAAUUCAUGAAAAUUAACAAACUUAAACUGAAUUAGAAUAAGAAUAAGAAAGUCAACAUAAUAUUUUACCAUAGAGUUUGACACCAAAAUCUAGUUAAAUUGUAUUUCAGUAAUUAUUGACUAGUAAAAGUGAAAAAAUAGAAAAUGACUUUAUUAAAGAAGAGUAUGAAUAAGAACAGCCAAAUGAAAUUUUUGAAUCAAAAAUUUAGGAUAAAUAAUAAAACCUCAAAUUAAAUAGGGUAGAGACAUUUUAGAAUUCCAUAAAGUUAGAAAAAAAAUUGAGAGUUUUUGUCCCAAAUGUUUAAAAAAAUGAAUCAUUCUCUCAAUAAAAAUCAAAUCUAAAUGUCUUACAGAAAGGAUCUAACAAUAUUAUAAUUAAGGAUCAAUCUGCAACUCAAAAAAAUUUUUGCAUUUUUAAGAAGGUUAACUAACUAAAUCAACCUGGUAUUUAAAAAAGCUAGUUUAAAAAUAUUAAUCUUAUUAAAAGGCAAUCAGACUAAAAUUUUAAAAUUUUAAAUAAUAUCUCUAUCUAGCAGAGACUUGAGAAAAUUCUAUUUUCAAAUAGAUUAUUCAAGCGUAAGGAGUUUUUAAAAUCUGUAGGAUUUGAUCAAGAUCCUUAAGACUAAUUAGAGAAGUCGAUUGAUGAUAGUUUAGAUUUCUUUAAGUUUUUCAAGGAAAUAUUAUUUUUAAAAAAAGCUGUGAUGAUUUUAUUAAGUAAAGAAUAGCUUGCUGCUUUAAAUCUUACAGGAAUAACAAUUGAAUCAAUAAAGCCAAAUUAGUGUAACAUAUCGGCGAAUGAAAUUAAUUUAAAUCACAUUUAAGAGUAAUUUAAAAUAUUCUAAUCAAAAGAGUUGCAAUUAGAAUAAAUUAAACUCUUCUUAUCAAGAUGUGAAAACAGUUAAAAUCUAGAUGUAAUUGAUUAUAGAAUACUAUCUUCUAUAAUACUUAAUUAGUCAAACUGAUAAUACCGUAAAUAAUUGUUACUUCUAUCUUUUUAUCUAUCUAUCUAUCUAUCUAUC